GGCUCCGGGGCCGGGGAUGGCGGCGGCCGCGGCUGCGGCGGCUCCGGGACGAGCGAGGGGAGCCCGGGGAGCUCUGUGAGAUGGGCCGGCUCCCAAGUCAGGGGGGAGGACACUUACUACAGCUGCUCAGAAGCACCACCAGAAGCUCAGCAGAUGUGGGCACCCCAGCCAGCAGCAGAGAGGGGUGCAGGGAAGCCACAGAGAAGUCCCUUCUGAUGCCCCAAGGAGCAAGCCAACCCCUUCCUGGCUCCAGGAACAUCACAAAGCAAUAUGAAACCUGUUCAUGAGAGGAGUCAGGAAUGCCUUCCACCAAAGAAACGAGACCUCCCUGUGACCAGCGAGGAUAUGGGGAGAACUACCAGCUGUUCCACAAACCACACACCUUCCAGUGAUGCCUCUGAAUGGUCCCGAGGGGUCGUGGUGGCUGGACAGAGCCAGGCUGGAGCCAGAGUCAGCCUGGGUGGUGAUGGAGCUGAGGCCAUUACUGGUCUAACAGUAGACCAGUAUGGCAUGCUGUAUAAGGUGGCAGUGCCACCUGCCACCUUCUCACCAACUGGCCUGCCAUCUGUGGUGAACAUGAGCCCUUUGCCCCCCACGUUUAAUGUAGCAUCUUCUUUGAUUCAACAUCCAGGAAUCCACUACCCCCCAGUCCACUAUGCUCAGCUCCCAUCCACCUCACUGCAGUUUAUCGGAUCUCCUUAUAGCCUUCCCUAUGCUGUACCACCUAGUUUCCUACCAAGUCCCCUCCUUUCUCCUUCUGCUAACCUUUCCACCUCUCACCUUCCACAUUUUGUGCCAUAUGCCUCACUCCUGGCAGAAGAAGCCACUCCGCCCCCCCAGGCUUCAUCCCCAGCCCACUCAUUUAACAAAGCCCCUUCUGCCACCUCCCCACCCGGCCAGUUGCCUCAUCACUCAAGUACUCAGCCACUGGAUCUUGCUCCAGGCCGGAUGCCCAUUUAUUAUCAAAUGUCUAGGCUACCUGCUGGAUAUACCUUGCAUGAAACUUCUCCAGCAGGCGCCAGCCCAGUGCUUAACCCUCAGGAGGGCCAGUCUGCUCUGGAAGCAGCUGCUGCCAAUGGAGGACAGAGACAGCGAGAGCGAAAUUUAGUAAGACAGGAAAGUGAAGCCCUUGACUCCCCCAGCAGCAAGGGUGAAGGCCAAGGAGGACUAGUGCCAGUGGUAGAAUGCGUGGUGGAUGGACAAUUGUUUUCAGGUUCUCAGACUCCGAGAGUGGAGGUGGCAGUGCCUGCACACCGAGGAACCCCAGACACUGACCUUGAGGUUCAGCGGGUAGUUGGCGCUUUAGCUUCUCAGGACUAUCGUAUGGUGGCAGCUCAGAGGAAAGAUGAACCCAGUCCUCUCAACCUGUCACACCAUGCCCUUGACCAUCAGGGUGAGGGGCGAGGGUCAGCCAGGAACCCUGCAGAGGUGGCAGAGAAAAAUCAGGCUCGUGGGUUCUACCCUCAGUCCCAUCAGGAACUGGUAAAACACAGACCUUUACCCAAAGCAAUGGUUGUAGCCAAUGGCAACCUGAUGCCCACUGGAACUGACCCAAGUUUGCUGCCUAUGGGCUCAGAAAUCCUAGUGGCAUCAAGUCUGGACAUGCAGACCAGAGCCACCUUCCCAGACAAGGAGCCAACGCCACCCCCCAUUACCUCCACCCAUUUGCCCUCCCAUUUCAUGAAAGGUGCCAUCAUUCAGCUGGCUACAGGGGAGCUGAAGCGGGUGGAGGACCUCCAGACCCAGGAUUUUGUGCGCAGUGCCGAAGUGAGUGGGGGCCUGAAGAUCGACUCUAGCACGGUUGUGGACAUUCAGGAGAGCCAGUGGCCUGGAUUUGUCAUGCUACAUUUUGUUGUUGGUGAACAGCAGAGCAAAGUGAGCAUCGAGGUGCCCCCUGAGCACCCCUUUUUUGUGUAUGGCCAGGGUUGGUCCUCCUGCAGCCCUGGAAGGACUGCACAACUCUUCUCUCUGCCCUGCCAUCGGCUACAGGUGGGAGAUGUCUGCAUCUCUAUCAGUUUACAGAGCUUGAACAGUAACUCAGUUUCUCAGGCCAGCUGUGCUACCCCAAGCCAGCUGGGUACCCCCCGAGAAAGGCCUGAGAGGACGGUCUUGGGGUCCAGAGACCUAUGUGACAGUGAAGGGAAGAGCCAGCCUUCAGGAGAGGGCUCCUGUGUGGUAGAGCCCUCCCAGCCUGAGCCUGGUGCUCAAGCCUGCUGGCCAGCCCCAAGCUUCCAAAGAUACAGCAUGCAAGGGGAGGAGGCACGGGCUGCACUGCUCCGUCCCUCUUUCAUUCCACAGGAGGUAAAGCUGUCUAUUGAAGGCCGUUCCAAUGCGGGAAAAUGAACCUUUCUCAGACCAGGACUGGGGCUUUAACCCCAGAGGUGAGCCCUCACCGUGAGCAGGCAGAGGUUUUGCACAUGCCAAACAGGGAAUGGCUCUCCUGGCAGUGAGAUUUGAGGGAAAGAGGAGGCAUGAAAGCAGCCUCCCAAGACAGGAUCUGUUGCUCAUUACCCCCAUGGCAUGCUUUCUGGACAGCCGUUGGGGGUCCUGUGCUGGGGAGCAGCAGGCCUGGGACAAGGAAGGGUGGAGGUGCACACAGGAUAAAAAAAACAUUCCAAAAUCAGGGCCUCCCUGUUUUUUCCUCCCCAUCCCUGGCUCCUGCAAGGGAAAUACAGGCUUUGGGAGCAGGUGGCAGAGGGAGGGAGCAAAGAAAGAGCCAAAAAUGUUGAUCCACAGCUUAUAGUAGCAGUAAAACUGUCUGAAGUUGUUUUUUCUUUUUUUUAUGGUGGGAGGGCAGGAGACCCCAUGGUUGGAAAUAAGAGGGUUCCCACCCAGAACCCUUUUUGUAAGAGAUGUGCACUUUAAAGGGUGAUUUUGUUACAGAUGUUUAUGGCUGGGUUUGUGGGGGAGGAGCACCAUCACCUACAGGACUUGGCUUGGUCCUCUGCUUCAGCCUCUUCCCAUCUCCACCAUUCCUUCUAUAAGGCAUUCUCACAGCUUGUAGGCCAGGAGAAAGCAAAAGUCCUCUGAGGUUGAGAACAAAGGACCUCCUUGCUGGGAACCCAGUCAGUUUUUCUUUGGGGGGAAGAUCUGACUGCCAAAUGACCAGGCUCCAGGCAAGGCUUCUGGAAAGGUGGCUGACUUAACAAAGCUUCUCCUACUCAACAUGUCAGGCCUGCUUUGAGAUUUCAUUCAGUCUAGUUGGUAAUGGUGUCGUAUGAAAGUACUGGUGGAUCUUUCCCCCUAGACACCUAUAUCCCUCCAUUGUCUGUCUAUGUUGUGCCUAAGUGCCUGCGCUGCCCCCCCUUUUGCCCUGACCUCUGCAUGGUGUCUUGACCUGGGCCUCAUGUGUAACUGCACUGCCUUUCCUCUUCUGCAAAAUUGGUGUUGUCCACUCUGGCUGUGACCUGUAGUUUUGGGUGUGUAGGGGUUCUCUUAUUUCCCUAUUGGUUAUAGUCCUUAUUUAAAAAAAAAAAAUCAUGUCUCUUCUCCACUGGCAACACUGUGAUGGAGAAACAAGAAGGGAGCCAUGUCCUGGCCUGGGCAUUUCCCAUUCUGGUGUUUUUACAUUGCUCCUUCCCAUCUUAAUCCACUGCUUCCCUUAGCAUUCAGGCAUCUCUGAGCUUUCCUCUCCCACUGCUAGCUCUAGAAGUAUAGGAUAGUCCUUAUAACAUUUCAGUACCGAAGUAUAUUUCAUUUUGUGGUGGUGUAUUCCUCUAAAGGAUGUUUCACUCUAAGUUGCAUUUGCUCCAUAUGUUUUAAGCCCACAUUUUCCCCACAACUUUUAGUAUCAUCUUGGACUGAGGGAUUCCACUGGGUAUUGGGAGUUAGGCCUCUUCUCACCAGCUUUCAGGUGGAUGACUAGUUGGUUUUUUUGAGGGGGGGGUCCUUUAGACUCUUGAAGGCAACUCAGGGUAUUGUCUACCCAGCUAUAUGGUUAGGUUUCUCCCAGGGUAUGAUCCUGGCAUUUCCUUUAUAGAUGUACUUGGACUGGCUGAGGCCUGGUCUGUCAUUGGGAGUCCCAAACUUCUGAAGUCUGAGCUCUGCUCUGUCAGAGACUUUAGGCAAGUCUUGUGAUUUCUCAUUCUUUCACUCCCUCCCCAGCUGCCAAAUGGGGAUAAAUAAUCUUACCUACCUCCUGGGGGCAAGGGGAAGUUCUGAGAAUAGAGUCAUUCUUAGUGUUCAGGUGCUAAAGAUUGUUCUUCUGGGGAACAGAGUGACAGAAACUGGCUUGUUUACUACAAGCCCUACACUCCACUGUUUCAUACCUGCAGAGCAAAUACCUGGUCAGUGAGCUUUUGGGGGUUCAUCCAAAGGAAGCUGCUUGCUUACCUGACCAUAAAUACUUCCAUCUCUGGUUCAUGUCAGAACCUAACACCAACCUUGUAGUGCAUUUGAGAUCAUGUUCUUUCCUUUCUCCAUCCCCCAUUCUUUCUGAAUGCUGCUUCUCUGGCUUGCUCCUACAGUGGGGGCCUGUGGGAUUGGGUCUUGAGGAAUUCCCUCAGAUGGAAGCCUUGGGAGAGACCUCAUCUUUGGCUCUUUCACAAGCAACUCAUUCCUAGGGAUGAUUACAUGCAUGGGUUUCUCACAAGCAUCCUUCCUUGCAAGAAGGCUUAUCAACUGAAUGUAGUGAUGUGCAUUCUACUUGCUUGAGAAUUGUCCUCGGUAGAUACCAGCUGAGCUUCUUCCAUAAGGGAGCAAACCUGCAUCUAACCAGACAUAGGUCAAGUAGUUUAAGUCAAAUCACCCUGUAUUCAGACUAGUGACUUCCAGCUUGGUAAAUUCCACUGAAUCCUGGAAAGAGAAAUUGUUAAGGAUCAUGGCAAGUUGGGCCCUGAUCUUUUUGUUGUAGUUCCUUUUCUGUCUCUUGCUGGAGAAGUAAUGACAGCAGUUCCCCUAAUAACAUGCCAUACACAUGUAACAUGUUAGUUAAUACUUGAUUUUACCAAGCUGCUGUCAUAAAGUACGGUUUCUAGGAAAAAAAGCUCUGUACUCUAAAUCUUGCCAGAGCCUUGCCUUUUUCCUCUUGUGUAGUCUUUUCUUCCAGGCAUGAGAAAUAAGUAGCCUGUGGUAUGUCUAUCCUUACAGAAUAGCUUGAGCUUGCAAGAGAAAUGCAUGGGUUUUAUUUUAUUUUAUUUUUUUGUUGUUGUUGUUUUAGAAUGUGCAUUUCAGUAGGAAGUUGUCAGCUUUUUGAGAAUAAGCAUUUGAUGGAGACUAGCCUAUUCUAGUCAGUAGUUGGACAUUCACAGAACUUAUUAUAGGAAGAGGACUACUAACUCUGAAACUUUAUAGAAAUGCCUUUACUAAUUUGGGUGAAAAGGAACUUGACAAAGGAUGUGUAGUAUCUAAGUCUUGGAUCAGUCCUACCAAAAUUAAUAUUCAGAGAGAAAGGGGUCUGGGAGCUCAGAGCUGAGUGCUUGUACCUGAGGGGAGGAGUCCUAGAAGACCUGAAUAACUCUUUUACAUUUUCAGUCCCAGUUCGUCAUAACACCAUGGGUAUUGCUCUGUGCUGCUUUGCCACUGCUGCUCUCCACUCACUGCCAUGCCUGCUACCCUGUCCUUCUGUCUUUAGCCAUGUGGAUUAUAUCCAGGAACCCUGGCCAUUCUUACCUGUGUUCUGACAAUGUUAUUGCAUAGCACAGUAAUGAUGAAUGGGAAUGGUCUAAAAUGCUGGUGGGUUGGUGAAUCCAAAGGAUAUGGCUUCAGUGCUGUUGGGAUACCUUUGGCUCCAAAGAUCUUUCUGUCUUGAGGGAGAGACAAGUCCUAUUAGAGGGUGUUUUCUGUUGUAUUAACUAAUCUUUGUGGUACCUUAUAUCCUGUUUUCAAAACUGAAGAACCACCUCAGGACUUCUACCAGCAUCCCAACAAAAUUCAUCCAUUUUCAUGGAUUCUGGGGUUAAGAGAGGCUCUGAAGAAUUGGCUGAAAUGUCUCCUCUAGUUUGGUUUAGUUUUAUUUUUACCAGUGGGUAUCAUGGGCAUUUUAGAGGAAGCACAACAUGGUGGUAUGCUUUCAACUUGCAACAAGUAGGCAUCUAAAGAGCUGAGUGAUCACACUGGAGCUGAAGAAGGUGGACAUGUGUUGACUGGGAGAGGGUGGAGGGGUAGAUAACCAGAUUAACUGAAUUGGCCAUGGGAGAUGAGGCCACAGUCUUAGAAGCAAAUUAAGUAGGACCGAGGCCAAGUUUAAGAGAGAUGUCUUGACUCCCUAGGAUAAUGUUUACUAAGCCACACUGAAGCUACAGUUCUUUCCAGAUCAGAAAACAUGUACACUACAAUUGAAGAGCUGAACCUUUGUAUGUUGGAUGCUGACCAGGAUCCCUUGCUGGGAAGCCUUCACCCUACAGCUUCCCUGUGGUAGGAAAGGUUUCCUACAUUAUGCAAUAAUAAUAAGCAUCUGGAUCUUGGCAGCUGUCUGUGGAUCAUUGAACUCUGGGAUCCAUCUUUGGACCAGAAAUCUGGUGUGGGUCUGGAAUGACACUCACUGGCCCUUGAUGUUAGAGUUGGCUGCACUCUCCUCACCUGCAGACUAUGCAGAGUUUCUGGGGCGAAAGGGAGAGGUGGUGUGGUGGUUCCUGCUGAUCCUAAGUGGGAACAGUAGUAAUAAAUGCACUUUUCACACUAAAGGUUUCUUUAUUAGGUCUGUUAAGCCUAGAUCCUCCCCUAGUAGAUUGCAAACUCAAAGUCUGUGUGAUCCCAAAGCCAUUCCACUGCGAAUGCCUAGCAGUAAAGAUGGCCCCAAAUUGGGCUCCUGUCUGCAGUGUGUGGCAGUAGCCCAUGUGCCUUUACCUAUUGUCAAACUUGCAAGCAUUGAAUCUGUCUUUAGGACUUUGGGAGGGGUGGGGUGUUCCUUUCUUCAGAGGAGAGAGAGAGAGAACUGAUGGCACAGUAGUUUCACACCCACUCCUGGGCAGGGAGUUUGCAUGUAGUUGUAAGCUGUGAGGGAUCGUGAGCUGUUGGUGUUGAGGGAGGCAGGCUUGAUCCCUCACUUGCUUCACACUUGCAUUCAGUAGAAUUUGCAUUGUGUCAGAAGAGACUGUACUAAGGCUAGCUUGAAGUAUUGAAAUAAGGCUGUCCCCUACAAACUUCCUAGUCACACGGGAUCCCUGUAGCCAAAACAGUAUAUGUUCCAGCUGCAGAGAGUACACUGCUCUCAGCUUGCACAGCACCUUAGGGGAGGGAAGAAUAUAUGGAUAGGGAAUGGGGUGGAGAAAGGAUGGGAAUUUUGUCAUUCAGGUGGCUUUAGGGUCCUAAGGAGUGGAGAAGGAUGGCACUGGGGAGGUCUGGAUGGAUCUGGUUUGUGUAGGAGUUCGCUGUAGAUAAAUUACUGAUCCCCAACUACUAUCCCCAGUAUGUAAUGGCUGAAUUAAUAUGUAAUCAACUGCAUUGUAUCUAAAGCCUUAGAACUAGUCAGGUGCUCCCCCCACCCAGUACCAUUUCUUACCCUCUAAUCCUACCUGAUCUUUAACAAAGCAUUAAUAAUUCUAAGGAUAAUCUCUAUUUUGUUGUGCUUUUUUGUAACUGUUUUAAAUAAAUCAAUUUGUACUGUAUAUUUGUACUUUUGUGAGAUCCUUUUUGCUGUUUUACCAUUUUAAGUCUCUGUACUUGGCUACACACAGAUUGUAUUUUUAUUGUUAAUGCUCUUCUUAUGGAUACCUGCAUUUAACUUGUGGACUAUGUAAACACAAUAUAUAUCAAUAUCUAUAUAUCUAUAUAUCUAUCUAUAUAAACUACUAGCUUUUC